UGAUAGUGAUGAGGUUUCGAUUUCAAAGCUCAUGAAACGCAUCAAUGUCGAUCUCUGUCUUCUCCGUUUUCCGAAAUUCAGAAAAUUUCAAUCACGAAAAGUAUCAUCUUCCCUACCCAAAUUGGAACUCGAUCAGGAUUCACCACAGGAGACAGCUCUCCUGCUUGGUCAGGUACUUGACACUUACCCAGAUCUCAGAACACUUAGAACAGUCCACUCCAGGGUCAUUAUGAAAGACUUACGCCACAAUUCGUCUUUGGGUGUUAAACUUAUGAGAGCUUAUGCAUCUAUAAAAGAUGUGGCAUCAGCACGCAAGGUGUUCGAGGAAAUUCCUGAGAGAAAUGUAAUUAUCAUUAAUGUUAUGAUCAGAAGCUAUGUGAAUAAUGGGUUUUAUCGUGAAGGUAUUCAAGUGUUUGGGAAGAUGUGUGGAUGUAAUGUUAAACCUGAUCAUUACACUUUCCCGUGUGUUCUAAAGGCGUGUUCUUGCUCUGGGAAUAUUCUCAUUGGGAAAAAGAUUCAUGGGUCUGCUACAAGAGUUGGGCUCUCUUCGACUUUGUUUGUUGGUAAUGGUUUAGUUUCUAUGUAUGGAAAGUGUGGAUUUUUAUCUGAAGCAAGGCUUGUACUUGAUGAGAUGUCAAGAAGAGAUGUGGUCUCUUGGAACUCGUUAGUUGCUUGUUAUGCGCAAAAUCAGAGAUUUGAUGAUGCUUUGCAAGUUUGUAAGGAAAUGGAAUCUGUGAAGAUAAGCCAUGAUGCUGGCACGAUGGCUAGUCUGUUAGCUGCAGUGAGCAAUACAACUCCUGAAAACGUUAAAUAUGUUAAAGAUAUGUUUUUCAAAAUGGGGAGAGAUGUGUUUGAGAACAUGAAGUCACGUGAUAUUGUGUCUUGGACAGCUAUGAUUUCAGCUUAUGGAUUCAGCGGGAAAGGCUGUGACGCAGUGGCAUUGUUUUCGAAAAUGCAAGAUUCGGGUCUCGUCCCUGAUUCAAUUGCGUUUGUCACAACGCUCGCUGCUUGUAGCCACGCAGGAUUACUAGAAGAAGGUCGGAGUUAUUUCAAACUCAUGACAGAUCAUUACAAGAUCACUCCUAGGUUAGAGCAUUUGGCUUGUAUGGUGGAUCUUCUUGGCCGAGCCGGGAAAGUGAAAGAAGCUUACAAAUUCAUACAAGAAAUGUCAUUGGAACCAAACGAGAGAGUUUGGGGAGCGCUAUUAGGAGCUUGCAGGGUGCAUUCUGAUACCGAAAUCGGUCUACUAGCAGCUGAUAAACUUUUCCAGUUAGCACCAGAGCAAUCGGGUUACUACGUAUUGCUUUCUAACAUAUACGCAAAGGCUGGAAGAUGGGAAGAAGUGACAAACAUCAGACAUAUAAUGAAGAGCAAAGGGUUAAAGAAAAAUCCCGGAUCAAGCAAUGUUGAGGUCAAUGGAGAAAUUCAUACAUUCUUAGUAGGCGACAGGUCACACCCGCAGUCCGAUGAGAUAUACAGAGAGCUGGAUGUUUUUGUAAAGAAAAUGAAAGAGUUAGGUUAUGUUCCUGAUUCAGAAUCAGCACUUCACGACGUAGAGGAAGAAGAUAAAGAAACGCAUUUAGCUGUUCACAGUGAGAAGUUAGCCAUUGUGUUUGCUCUCAUGAACACAGUGGAAGAAGACAGUAAUAACGCCAUAAGAAUAACGAAGAAUCUUAGGAUUUGUGGAGAUUGUCAUGUUGCAGCAAAGCUCAUCUCGCAGAUAACUUCUCGGGAGAUCAUCAUCAGAGACACCAAUAGAUUUCAUGUGUUCCGGUUUGGUGUUUGCUCUUGUGGUGACUAUUGGUGACUGAGAAA